AUGAAGUCUGUUUUGAAGUUUUGCAAGAUAAGUCACAAUCACAAUUGGCCCAAGGCAAACUGCCCUCUUUUGCCGACCUCUACUCAGUUUCCUGGUGGCAGUUUGAGACAUUUUACAGUUCCUUCAUUAAGCCACCUCGCAGCAGCAAGAACCUUAGUUGCCUUUGUGCCUAAAAAGACGUAUUACGAGGUUUUAGGCCUGAGUCCUUCGGCUACAACGUACGAGAUCCGACAAGCCUUUUUGAAGCUGUCAAAACAGUGCCAUCCAGACGUAAAUACAAGUGAUUACGAUCUGGAAAAUCACAAGAAGUUUGUUCAGGUGAACGAGGCCUACUCGGUCCUUAGCAGACCAUUGUCUCGUCGAGAUUAUGACGCCACCUUGAACACAUUUCAAGCACACACCACAACUGCUUAUCCACACUACGGAUACGACCAACCUGAUGCAGGCUCUUACACUUAUUAUAAAAGCCGUCAGAAUGACACAGAUUGGACAAAAGCAGAAAACCAGAAGGGAGGGAAAAUCCUUACAAGUUUUUUUCUAGUAACAUCGUGUUUAACGUGUGCAAGUGUGGCCCUGAUACUUAACUACAUGCACAACUACAUCCCAGAUCCAAAAUAUUCAUACUUGAGAAAAAGCAAGCAGGAGGAUAUUCAACAACAUGAACUCAUUAUGACUUCAGUACAUGACGGAAAAGUUAUUUAUUAUUACGCAGUGCCUAAAGCCGACGACCCGAGAAGUUACGAAGUACUUGCGGUGAUGAAGAAUGAUGUCAAGGAUUCAGAUAUGCAUGAGUUACAGGAACUGAACCAGUUAAAUUAUGGCAAACAACAAGCCUUGUGA